AUGUUCACCGUACUGCAAGACUCCGAUGUGCUGCAUCUGAACAUGCUUGGGCAGUCCAUCAUUAUAUUGAACAGCGUCAAGGCGGUCGUCGACCUCCUCGACAAGCGCGGGAUGAUCUACAGCGACCGCCCACCGUUUACGUACUUCGAACUAAUGGGCUGGCACGACAAUUUACCCUUCAUGCGCUCGAACGACCCGCGGUUUCCCAUUCACCGCCGCAUAUUCCAAAACCACUUCUCCAAAUCGGAAAGUCGCAACUACGAAGACAUGCAGCUUUUGGAGGCGCGGAAGCUGGUUCGCAAGCUUGUGGAUAGUCCGCAGGACUGGCAUAAGCUCUUUCGCACGUUUACCGUCGCUAUCACCAUUCGCAUCUUGACGGGCUAUGAAAUCAAGUCCGCGGACGACCUAUAUGUCAAGCUGACCGACGACAUCACGAAAGCGGCAACGGAAGGCGGUGCCCCAGGAGCGACGGGCGUCGAUAUUUUCCCUUGGCUUAUCCAUCUCCCAACCUGGUGCGACCCCACCGGCUCCACCGCGAUCAUCGCAAAGUACAAGCAUGCGAAGGUGUUGAUGAACACAGUUCCAUAUAACAGCGUUCUGGAAGAGAUGAAAGCCGGUACCGCGAAACCUUCCUUCAUCCGUGCCGUUCUCGAAGAGGAGGAAAGCCGCGCGCAGAAUGGGGAGCCGAAGCUGCUGACCGAGAGGGGUAUUCAAGGAAUUUCUGGAGCGGUGUAUACAGCUGCGCAGGAGACGACCCUCGACAGUCUCAUAAUUUUCAUCUUCGCCAUCGUAAACCACCCGGAGGUGCAGGCGGAGGCGAAGGCGGAGCUCAACGCCGUCGUCGGGCCCGACAGGAUGCCAGACUUUGCUGACAGGCCGCGUCUGCCGUAUAUCGAUAGGAUUAUACAGGAGACGUUCAGGUUCUGGCCUGUCAUUCCCAUCGGUCCGCACAAGGUGACCGAGGACGACAUCUACGAGGGCAUGCUCAUUCCGAAGGGCUCCGUCGUGAUCUACAAUGCGUACGCCAUGAUGCACGACGAGAACGUGUGCAGCGACCACUGGCGCUUCAAUCCGGAUCGGUACCUCUCGAAGGACGAAGGAGGAUUGGGCGAGCCGCUGCCGGAUGGGCAUUUUGGGUUUGGGAGGCGUGUAUGCCCAGGCCGGUACAUGGCCGAGGGGACGCUCUUCAUUGCCAUCGCGAGCAUGCUCCACGUCCUCACCAUCGGGAAGGGAAGGGAUGAGGAGGGCAAUGAGAUCACGAUUGACCCGGCGACGGCGGAGUACACGAGUGGGCUGUCGAGCCACCCGAAGAAGGUCAUAUGCGACAUCCAUCCGGACGAUGAGGAGCGCGCGAACCUCGCUAGGGCUUACGAUCCAGAAAUUGCUGAAUGAACUUGACCUCGGUGAACAGCAGAAUAGGGCGAGCUCAGGGCAUGGUGCAAGCAGAGAAAUCGAAGAAUAGAUCCAUUAAAAUGAAGCUCUACGAUAGCCGGGUAUCUCGUCGCAUAAGACGCGGGGAAGGUAGCGAUACAGUGAUCCAGUGAGUCUGAAAAGGACGCGAAGAGAGGAGAGAUAUAGGCCGAAGAAAGAGGAGAGAUAUAGUAUGAUACAUAAGAUAUUGUGCGGUGCUCCAAGGUACCCUUCACUUC